AUGUGUGGCCUCAGGGCCUACUCCUGCACAUUCCUUUAUCGCACUAAAACACCUCCACUACUAAACUUUAGACGCCAAUUCUCAAAGUUUGAUAUUUUCAAAAAGUUAUCAGAUACAGGUGAAACAUCGACUUCCACAACGUCUGCAAGGAAGCCCUCGGAUAGGGUUAUAAGAUUGGUAGAUGAAAUUCUAAAUCUGACACUUAUUGAAGCUGCUGAUUUAUGUGAUUUAUGCCAGGAAAAGCUGGCAGAACGUUCUGGCAAAGAGGCAAUUGGAUUGGCGCCGGGUAGAAGUCCCUUUCCACAUCCUCAAUCUAUGUUUGCAUACGGAAAUAUUGGCCCUAUGUCUUUUAUGCCAGGCCAGCCUGUUUCUCCAAUACCAGCUAUGCCUGAUCCCAUGCAUGAUAUAGAUAACACGAUUAACGCCCAAGGACAACAAACAGUUACACCAAACGAUCAUUCUUCGUCUGCUAAUACUGAAAAUAAUAAGAUGAGUGAUAGCAAGGUUUCAAUCAAGCUAUUGAGCUUCGAUACUGCCAAGAAGAUAGCAGUGGUAAAACAAAUUAGGACAAUUACAGGAUUGGGGCUCAGGGAAUCAAAGGAUCUGGUAGAAGGAGCGCCAAAAGUACUGAAAAAAGGCAUAACACGGAAGGAGGCCGAUGAGAUUAAGAAGGCGUUGGAUGAGGCAGGGGCGACCACCGAGAUAUACUAA